UUUUAUUACAAUACGUCAAAAAAUGUGCACUUUACAGAGAUCUCCGGGUUCAAAAUUAACUCAUGUCCCUGAAUACAAACAGACGUGUUUUCAGUUCGUGAAGUCUGAACCACGACUCCCUCCCUGGAACCCAUUAAAAUAACCUUACAAUUAUUUACAAAACAUGCUGGUUGAUUUCUUCCAGGAAGUCCCGCCUUCUUGAUCGCUGAUUCGCCAGUUUUAAUGCAUACAACGGCACGUCAUGCCACCUGGUUGCUUCCUGCCGAAACCAGGCCUUGCCCUGAUCUACUAACAAACUUGUUAGCACAAACAUUUUUCCUUGUUAUGACUUACAGACAUUUUCACACGGGAUUUUCAUUUGGCCUUCAGACACACAUACACACACAGCAAAAACUAUGCAUCAAUAUAUCUGGAUGUCAUUCUUUGUGAGUUAUAGAAUCUUAAUCAGUUUAAGCAAAUGGAAAAUAUGUAAUUAAAGUAAUCAUAGUUUUCUACAUCAAUAUUAACACACAAACACAAUCAAUGUAUCAAAUCAUAUUGUCUGACUUAAUAUAAAUGCAUAGAGAUAUUUAUUACAGUCAAGGUUUGACCUUUGAUAGUGACCUGCGUCAGAACAGAGAACAGAGACAGAGAACAGAGAAAUAAAGCAUAAAAUCACAUACCAAUAUAGAAAAUAAUCAAUUAUUUUAACAAUUGAUGUGUGAUAAUUAACAUGUGAAGAGUUUAAAUAUUUAAAAUAAAUAAAUACAAAAUAUUUAAUAUGUUUCAGAGUUUGUCGUUUGAUCUUUUACUGGUGAAAGGUCACAUGACUUCAGUUUUCAGCUGUUGGACUAAAAUUAACCCUCAGAGAGACACACACACACACUACCUUCUACGGUCUCAGAGAGAGUGUGUCAGAGCUGAGAUCAGAGGAAGAAACAUCAAAACUACAGAGAAAUAAAACAGGUCGUGGUCAUGUCGGUGUCUCAGAUCACGCCAACUCUGUUCCUGAGCGGCGCCGACGCCCUGAAUGCGGCGCUGGUGUCUCGGAAGGGAAUCACGCUGAUCGUGAACGCCACGCUGAGCCACGCCUCCCCGGCCUUCCCAGGCGUGGAGUGUGUGCGCGUCCCGGUGUCCGACCUGCCGAGCGCUCGCCUCGGAGACCACUUUGACCGAGUGGCUGAGCGCAUCCACGGGAACCGUGACGGCGGCACGCUGGUGCAUUGUGCUGUGGGGAUGAGCCGCUCGCCGGCGCUGGUGAUGGCGUACCUGAUGCGAUACCGUGGCGUGACGCUCUGCCAGGCGCACCGCUGGGUGCAGGACCGCCGGCCCUUCGUGCGGCUGAAUGCGGGCUUCUGGGAGCAGCUGCUGCAGUAUGAGCGCCGGCUCUAUGGCAAGAACACCGUCAGAGUGGCCGCUGCCCAGGAGCCGCUGACACAGAGGGAGCCGCCACCACCACUGCCGAGCAGGCUGACGCUGGUUCCCAGGUCGCCUCUGAUGACCCGCACCUCGAUGAUGUCACGACCGCCGGCAAUGACGCCGGCCAACAGGAGAAGAAGAGGAACCAAAAUUGGUGGCGUCUGAGCGCCGACAGGCCCCGCCCCCUUCCUAUAUUACCCACAAUUCAGCCAGACAGGAUGUGAGGUCAGCGAGGCGGCUCCAGAUCAGUCGUUAUUAUAAAUGUAUUAUUUUCACCUGAAGGUUCCAAUGAUUUCCUACAAAAACUGACAGUAUAGAAGUCUAUGAAAAAAUUAUCUCAUAAUGUUUGUUUGAUGAGUAACACAGCAGAAACCUAAAGCCACGCCCCCUCUGUAUGACAUCAGUUCUGUCUGUGCUGUGAUUGGCUCAUAAACAUUGACUUAGUUUUUGUAGGAUAUCAUCUGAACCGUUGAUUCAGUCCGACCAAUCAUCUGCCAAGGGGGGUGGGACUAACCAGCAGAAUGGUGAGAGACUUGUUUUCAUGUUUUUAUUUGUUUCCUUUGUUUUGUGAAACUUCAGAUUCUGGGUCCAAACUGUUUCCUGUUGUUCUCAGGCUGUGGAUCUUCUGGGACCUGAACCCAUCAGGGACUCUUCAGGUCCUGAAGGACUUUAAACUCGUUCAGAGUUUUCUUCUUCUUUUUCAGGUUUUAAACUAACUGAUGAUCAGGGGCCUCAUGUAUCAAAGAGUGCGUAGCUUUCAUACUGAAAGAUGGCGUACUCCCAAAACUAGAAAAGUACGUACGCAAAUUCACCUCCACAUGUAUCAAACUGUGCUUACGCCAGGUUCAGCGCACCUUUCCGUGAUACAUCCCAAUCAGCGUGGAACUGAGCGCACAUGCACUAGCCACCAACCACGCCCCGGUUCCUCCCACAAAUGAUAUGCAGAUGACAUGCAAAUGACUGUAAAUCGCCUGCAUGCCCGCUGAUUAUCGACAAAACAAUGGCAAAUCAACUUACUGCCACCGCGCGUGGUGGACGUGGUGAUCUCCGAGGUGGAGGAAGGAAAAAUUAGCUUUUUGUUGCCUCAGGUCUGGGAUGAGCAAUAAGGUGUCACUGUGGCUGUUAACGCAGCCGGAUCAGAGACCCGCACCAUGGCAGAAGUGUCCCUCAACACACGCUCCUUCAAAACUCCACCAUUGUUUAACUUAGUUUAAGCCGUUAGAGCUGCCAGUGUGUAAUGUGUGACAAAAUCAUUUUUACGCAUCGGUUUAUAUUAUUAACUUGUUGUCCCAAUUAAACAUCACAUAUGGGAUAAAAUAUGCACAACACCUGACUUAUUCUAAAAUGAUUUCCCACGCACGUUUUUUCUCCGGGGAGAGGGAUCUGUGGUCAUGGAUCACUGUGCAACUGCAGCGUUAACAUCUCCAUGUUAAACCAAAGGGGAAACAGUCGGCACUUAAUUGACACAGUAAUUAAGGCAGGUUAACUGUGCAAAAAUGUAUGCAUCCAAUAUCAAAAUCACAAGUACUAUUGAUCCCCGGAGGGAAUUUCUGUAUAUAUAAAAAUAGUGGAAAUAGCAGAAUAUAUAGACUUAAGAAAAUGUACAAUCUUAACAUCAAAACAUAUAGACUUCAACAUACUAUCAUUGCACAAGUAAGCAGCAGGUGAAGUCUAAAUUAUGAUAAUAGAUGAAAAAAACGAUCUAUCCCCUCAUAUUUAUUAUUAUUGAUGGUGGAAAACGGCCUUUUUCCUCCAUUGUCAGAGAGCUAUAAACUAUAAAAAUAAUUGUGUGUAACUAGAGUUUAGAUAUGAAACACGUUUUAAAUGGAGCAUAAAAGACAGUAGUUUCUGCCAAACGAAAGAUUGCGGUGCCACCGCACAUUCUCACAGCACCUCGAAAGGUUGCGGAGUUCACUUUUCAUACAUGUGGCGUGUGUUUGAAAAACAGCAUAAGCAGUGUUUUUGUGCGUACGCAGCGUUGAUACAUGAGGCCCCAGGUUUCUCUGUUGGAACACACUGAUUAUAUUUAUAUUAAUAAUUCUGAGACCGUGGAGUCAUUUCUCACUGUUUUCUGAGGAUUCAUUAAAAAAAGUUGCAUCUUUACUUCUAAUAAUCGGUAUCUUUCCAGUCAGAGCUGCAACAGAACUGAAGAUUACUGUGUUUCAGUGUUUGUUAUAUUUAUAUUCCGCACGGUUGGAUGGAUAAUGGAUGUUUUGUUUUGGUCGUUCUCCUGCCGGCCACUGGGGGGCGCCUUUCAGCAGACUGAACUUAUAAACAAUCAAACACGUUUUUCUCUUCUUAUUGUUUCAUCUCUGGUUCUGACGACAUUAUAAUUAUUGUGAUCGUUUCAUCUGACAGCUUUUGUAAACAUGAUGUUUCUGUUGUUAAUAAAACUUGAACACAAAGUGUUUAAUAUAUAUAUA